AUGAAAGCUGACCUUGACACUAACGUAUUUUCUAAAAUCACAAACUUCUGGAAAGUUUUUUUCGAAAAUAAGGGUUGGUGUGAACAGACUUCUCGCAUUUGGGAAAGCUACCAAAAGUACGAGAAGGCUAAGAAGAAGAAACAAGCAAAGGAGCUAAAGAAAGAGAAGAUUCCGAAAGUACACAUGGAAGAGACCGAGGUAUGGGACUGGCUCAAUUUCUUCAGUGAAACAUUUUUGGAUCAGCUUAAAGGCCCUUUACCAGAACCAUCGAAGGAUUAUCCUAUCGUCAUCGAAGAGCCGUACUUCCAGCUGAAAGGACAGUAUUGUCGGACAAAAUCCACAAGACGCGCACCACAAUCAAUCGGCAAGACCCAAUUUGAUUUCCCUGUCAAAAGCAUCGACUUCUCUAAGGAGGGUCCUGCUGAUUGGGGAAAAGUAAAGGCACUGGGUGAGCUUGCCAUAUCACCUGGUGAAAACCUAAGGAAAAUAAAAUUUGUACAAUUAUCAAGGUCAGUUCGAGAGGUCUUUUGCGCUCAGCCAUUGAGACGGUUCUUACACGGUUUCUGCUUGUUUGAAGAAGAUUUUGAGCUCGAGCUUUUUGAUCGCUCAGGUGCUUACAACUCAGGCCCAAAAAAUAUUGUUCGUAACAAGAAGUUGUUUGUUCGAGCAAUAAGCUCGUACCUACUGAUGAGCGAUGAAGAACUUGGCUGCGAUAUGUCUAUUCUCCAUCAUGGAGAAGAUAAAUUUGUCCAGUUUCCCAAAAUUGGAAAAGAUCCAGGCCAAUCAUUUGAGAUCAAGUCUAACCCUAUUGUACAACCAAUGAGACUGAUCACUCGAGGCAAGACCUGCUAUGAGACAAAAGACGAAUUAAAAGUGAUCAAGUACUCGUGA